ACCACCACAACUACAGCUACAACUACGACUAUCACCACCACUACAACGAAAUGGGACCGCGAGAGGAAUACUUAAGGAGAGUCUGGGCGGAGGAAGCAGAAGAGAUAAUGAAAAAGGAGGAAGAAGACAAACAACAACAACAACAACAACAACAACAACAACAACAACAACAACAGCAAUUAGAAGAAACAAUUAUUCCCCCUCUUACGGCCAGCCCACGUCCAGCCACCACAUUCUGGACUUGGCACCGCCCACACCUGCCCGCCAGAACAGCCCCUGCCCACACCCACGCCCGCGCCUUCACCCGGAACGCCGCCUUCACCACGCCCAUCACCCACGCCCUCGACCCGCCCAACUGGCCUGGAUGGAUCCGCCCGCACGCCCCUUAAGAUUGACACAAACGGACAGAUAGACAGACAGACAUACAGAUAGAUAGAUAGAUAGUUAGAUAGAUAGAUAGACAGGGAGAUAGACAGACAGACAGACAGAUAGUUAGAUAGAUAGAUAGAUGGAUAGAC